AUGUCGCUGCAGAAUCCUGCUCCUACAUCCACCCAGGGAGCACGCAAAGAGGGCGAUAUCUCAUCUGUUUUCGUAUCCCUCUCCGGGAAAGAAAAGUCUGCUCUUCCAGAGAGAUUUGCAGAUCAGAAAAAGCGCCUGAUUGCUGGCCGAGAGGACCAGAUUCAAAAGAGCUGGGAUCGUCUCCUCCGUAAAUUGAAAGAUGAAGUGAAUCUGAUUGAGCAGCGCGGGUCUGACAUCGUUCCUUCAAUUGAUAUCAAAGAUAUACACUCUGCUCCUAAGGCUUUUCAGGAUGAGCUGAGGAAACGCGGCGUUGCUGUCAUUCGAGGAGUAAUUCCUGAACAUGAGGCCAGAUGUUACAAGGACGAAAUUGAGCAAUAUGCCAAGGCAAAUCCCGAAACAAAAGCAUUCCCCCCACACGACCCCCAGGUCUACGAGCUGUAUUGGUCCAACCCUCAGAUCCGGGCACGUACACACCCCAACAUGCUCGAGGCACAACGCUUCCUCAUGAGCUUCUGGAAAUCCAAUGCAUCGGACGCAUUGAUAUCCCCUACACAUCCCCUCACCUAUGCAGACAGACUCCGUAUUCGCCAACCAGGAGAUGCAGGAUUCGCACUUGGCCCGCAUAUCGACGGAGGAAGCUGUGAGCGCUGGGAGGACAAUGGCUAUGGCCGCGGCGAUGUUUACAAGAGCAUCUGGGAGGGUAACUGGGAGCAGUAUGACCCGUGGGAAGCUAGCUGCCGGGUACCCGCCGAAGCCGAUCUCUACAACGGCGCUGGGGCGUGUUCGAUGUUCCGGAUGUUCCAGGCAUGGUUGAGCAUGUCGCAUUCUGGACCGAAUGAGGGAACAUUGCUGGUAAAUCCACUUCUCUCAAUGGCCACAGCAUACUUCCUCCUGCGACCGUUCUUCGAGCCUAUCUAUUUGCCGCCAAAGGAUUGCUCGCGAAUGGCGCUGGGUACGUUCCUCGACCCUAGCAAUUGGUGCUUGGAGAAGGAAAUGUCGAGUGGAUUGCAAGGUGCAACACCUGGAUACGCGCAGGAACUGUCAACAGCGCUUCAUCCUCAUCUUGAGUUGGAUAAGACAAUGGUUCACGUCCCAAAGAUUGCCCCCGGUGAUUAUGUCGCCUGGCACUGUGACACCAUCCACGCUGUUGACAAAGUACACAAUGGAUUCGGAGACUCGAGCGUCAUGUAUAUUCCCGCAUGUCCUGUUACUGAGGCCAACGCGGCCUAUGUUGCACGUCAGAGAAAUGACUUCGUUGCGGGUGUCCCUCCACCAGAUUUCCCGGGAGGCAAGGGAGAGUGUGAGCAUGUCGGGCGAGCCACGGAGGCUGGCUUGCGAGGACUCACUAAUGAGUUGGGCCUGCGGGCCUUCGGAUUUGGGAAAUGGAAUCUGAAUGAGGCAGGUUUGUCGCGCGGACAGCAACAGGUUUUGGAGAAAGCAAACCAGAUUCUGAGUGUUUGA